AUGAGCAGCUUUACCUUUAUAAACUGUAUCCUUAAUGUGCCGUUAAUACUUGCUUGCAUCACUGGCAACACUUUGAUUUUAUCCGCAAUUUUAAGGACUCCUUCGCUUCGAUCACCAUCUACCAUUUUCAUGUGCAGUCUCGCCUUUUCGGACCUGCUUGUCGGAAUCAUCGUCCAGCCAGUGUACAUCGCAUAUGAACUGAAACAAGAACCGCCUUUAACUUUCGCAAUCAAGGUGUUAUUCAUUUUCACAGGCGUAGUUUCUCUCUGCACAAUGACGGCGAUAAGCGUGGAUCGAUUCAUGGCCCUUCAGUUCCACCUCCGAUACCAGUGUUUGAUGACUGAGAUGCGCGCCAUGUAUACAUCAUUGUCUCUAUGGCUGUUUGGUAUUCUGUUGUCGUUUAUAACGUUAUGGAACAAAACGAUUAUGUUUGCAUUUCUUGCUGUGGGCAUUGCGAUUUGCAUCUUUAUUUCUACGUUUUCGUAUACCAGGAUUUAUCUCAUCGUUCGUCAGCAUCAGUUUCAAAUUCGUGCCCAACAACAGGUUCUACGGGUUCCCAUGAACAUGGUUCGGACUAAGAGAAGUGCCAUCAGCACCUUUAUUUACUACAUCUGUAUGAUUCUCUGCUAUACUCCAAUGCUUAGUUUUAUGUCGAUCGUCGCUAUUCGUCCAAGUCUUAGCGGUUUGAUGGUGUGGAAAGUCGGUAAUACUUUUGUUUUUAUGAACUCUUCUAUAAAUCCCAUUUUAUUUUGUUGGCGCGUACGAGAGCUCCGAAGGGCGGUUUUAAAACUCGUCCGG